AUGGCUACCGAGACCGCUACUCCCAAGGCAUGCUGUGCUGACGUGGGAUUCCAACAUGAAGGAACUGCUACUGGUGUUGAAGAAAAGCUGGGUAGCUUGGACUACUACGUCAAACGACCCACAACACCUUCUACAACCGCUAUCGUCAUCGCCACCGAUAUCUUUGGAUGGAAGAUGAACAAUGUCCGCCUCAUUGCUGACUACUUUUGUGAGAAUACUGGCUUCAAUGUAUACAUCCCAGACAUGUUCGACGGGAAGGCUCUACCUGCUGAUGUUAUGGGAGAUAUUAACUUGCAUGUCCCUCAACCUUUUAUGACCAAGAUCGGAAUGUAUUUCGGAUUGAUGAGUCGAUUACCUAAAUUGGUUCCGUGGAUGAGAGCUAAUUCGGUUUCGUCAGUCGCGCCCAAGAUUGACAAAUUCAUUGAUGACAUUCGCGAGAAGCAAGGAAUCACCAAAAUCGGAAUGCAAGGAUACUGCUACGGCGCACCAUUCUGUCUCAAGAACGCCGCAAACGCAGACCGAAUCCAAGCAUUCUGUCUCGCUCACCCAUCAGCCGUCACAAUCCCAACUGAUGUCGAGCCCGUCAAAGUCCCAUCUCUCUGGUUAUGCGCACAGCAUGAUAUGGUCUUUACUCCUUCAAUGAGAAAGAAGGCAGAGGAGCUCCUGAAGGGUAAAAACGCUACUUUUGUUGACUAUGAGGGAGUCCAGCAUGGGUUUGCUUCUCGUGGGGAUGAUAAGGAAGAGGUUGUUAAGGCUGCAAUGACAGAUGCUCGUAAACGUGGUGCUGAAUUCUUUAAGCAGAAUCUAUGA